GGCGCGGCGCGGCACGGCGCAGCACGGCAGCCCUUGUCCCCGGCGCGCACACACACACACAGACACGCAGAGGCACCCGCCCCUUCUCUCCGCCGCCCUUCGCAUCCCCUUCCAUGGCGCUGAGCACGGCAGCCCCCCACUCCGCACGUGGCGGUGGCGCGGCUCGGCGCGGGCGCGGACCACGGUGACUUCCCCGGCCCGGGGGCGGCGGCCGGCGCUGAGACCUCAGAUCUAAUGGAAACUGGGGGCGAUGCCAGAUCGGCACCUCGGCGGGGAGGCGGAGGAGGCGGCGGCCGUGGCGGGUUUCCAGCUCCUGCCGAGCCCAGCGCUCCCCCGGCUGCGGAGACGAGCAUGAAUAUUGAUGGGCCCGUCGGUGGCAGGAAGAGUGGGGCGGACGCGGACUCUGCUGCAAUGCCGGGAGCCGAGGGAGCCCGUGCGCCGCCGCUCCGCGUGCCUUGCACCAAGGACCCCAAAUUGGUCCAUCAGCGGUUCCUCCGGAGGAGCGUGGUGGACUCGGACCAGGAGGAACCUGCUUUCGACCUUCCUGAGUCAGAGCAUCAGAAGAAAAUUAUUCUGCUCCCUAAAACCAGGAGGAUAAUUGCAGAGAGGGCCAAGGUAGGGCGCGGGGCAGCCGAGAAGGUGUGCUCGGAGGCCGAGCCUGCGGCGGAGCUGAAGACGGGGCCGGCCGGCAGCGGCAUAGCGGGGGCCGAAGAGCAGAAGGAGACUGGCAGAGAUGCGGAAAGGAGAGAGGCGCCAGAUGCUUCUAAAGAUCAGGGCAAGUCCAAGAAAGAGGAGCCCGAGGAGGAGGCCGAUAUGAAAGCAGUUGCCACCUCCCUGGACGGCAGGUUCCUAAAGUUUGAUAUUGAACUCGGGAGGGGAUCCUUCAAAACCGUUUAUAAGGGUCUGGACACAGAGACGUGGGUGGAAGUUGCUUGGUGUGAACUUCAGGACAGAAAAUUAACAAAAGUAGAGAGACAGAGAUUUAAAGAGGAAGCGGAAAUGUUGAAAGGUCUACAGCAUCCAAAUAUUGUAAGAUUUUAUGACUUCUGGGAAUCCUGUGUAAAAGGAAAAAGAUGUAUCGUGCUGGUUACUGAAUUGAUGACCUCUGGAACACUAAAGACGUAUCUGAAGAGAUUUAAAGUGAUGAAACCAAAAGUCCUGCGUAGCUGGUGCCGGCAAAUCCUGAAGGGCCUUCUUUUCUUGCACACAAGAACUCCACCAAUAAUUCACAGAGACUUAAAAUGUGACAAUAUUUUUAUUACUGGACCAACUGGAUCUGUGAAGAUAGGAGACUUAGGCCUGGCAACCCUCAAGAGAGCUUCAUUUGCCAAAAGUGUAAUAGGUACUCCAGAGUUUAUGGCCCCAGAAAUGUAUGAGGAACACUAUGAUGAAUCUGUGGACGUGUAUGCUUUUGGGAUGUGCAUGUUGGAAAUGGCUACCUCAGAAUACCCUUAUUCAGAAUGCCAGAAUGCUGCUCAAAUUUACCGGAAAGUAACCUGUGGUAUAAAGCCAGCAAGCUUUGAGAAAGUUACUGAUCCUGAAAUUAAGGAGAUAAUUGGGGAGUGCAUUUGCAAAAAUAAAGAAGAAAGAUAUGAAAUUAAAGAUUUAUUAAGCCAUGCCUUUUUUGCUGAAGAUACUGGGGUAAGAGUGGAACUUGCAGAAGAAGACCAUGGUAGGAAAUCCUCUAUUGCCUUAAGACUCUGGGUAGAAGAUCCUAAGAAACUGAAAGGAAAACCCAAAGAUAAUGGAGCCAUUGAGUUUACUUUUGAUCUGGAGAAAGAAACUCCUGAUGAUGUUGCACAAGAAAUGAUUGACUCUGGAUUUUUUCAUGAAAAUGAUCUCAAGAUAGUUGCGAAGUCAAUACGUGACAGAGUAGCAUUAAUAUUGUGGAGAAGAGAGAGAAUUUGGCCAAGGAUACAGGCAGAGGAACGUCGAGAUUCGGAAUGCUUGGAGAAAUUGAAGGCACCUCAGGCACAGCAGGUCCAAGUCACGUACCUUUCUCACACCGGUCACCAUACCCUGUCAGAGUCGGAGGAGCCCGAAGCAGACCAGCACCCUCAGCAAAACCUGCCCACCAGCGUCACAUCUGUUGCAUCUGACAGCACAUUUGACAGUGGUCAGGGGUCCACUGUUUAUUCAGACUCCCAAAGCAGCCAGCAAAGUGUCAUCUACUCAUCUCUGCCUGAUUCAAUACCUCCUGCUAUUCAACGGGUUUAUAGUCCACCUCUAAGUGAGAGCCAGGCCUUGCCUCAUAGCCUUCAGCAGCUGGGGCACUACCAGCAGCCCUCGGGACCUGGCCUGCCCGUGGUCCAGGCCCCCACCGCUGCCGUGUCCCAGCGGCCCCAGCAGUACCAGGAGCCGGCGAUGACGUUCCCGGUGGUGCAGCCGACCACGGUGGCGUCCCUGCCGGCGGGGCAGUCGCCGCCGGUGCUCGCCAGCCAGCAGCAGCAACCCGUGUCACAGCAAGCCUCUCUGCAGCAGGUGCUUGCCAACCAGCCCAUUUGCCCGAUCCCACCUGCAACCCAUCUGUUACCCCCAUAUCAGCCCCAAACUUCUCAGGUGGCAGCUAGCAGUACUCCAUUAAAACCGCUUCAGAUCUCAACUGUACCACAACUUCCACCAGUUGCCCCCUCCCAGAUUCCUCAGUUUCCUGUCAUUCCUGCAAUUACUCCUCUGGCAGGACUUGACAACCUUCCUCCAAACCUCUCUGAUAUACCUGCUGCAAAUGUGCCCCCCAUACCUGCCCCUUCUCCAUAUUUUACUCCAGCUGUGAUUUUACCAAGCCUCCCCAUGAACCCCGCUCUGCCUCUGGCACCAAAUUCCCCCGCCCUCCCCAUGCAGGCAGUGAAUCUUCCUCAUACAACUGUGGCUUCUUUGGUCUUGCCCUGCCAAACGAUAGUGCCAAACAUGUCGGCCGCUACAAUACCGCUACUCGCUGUGGCCCCGCCGGGAGUGUCGGCUUUGCCAGCACACCACGCGGUGUCCCAGCUCCCUCAGCAGCAGAUGUACCCGGCCACCUUCCAGCAGAUGGUGCAGGGCGAAGCGCCCUCUCCCCACCACACGCAGGGCACGCAAGCAGUUUCCCAGCAGCAGCAGCCUCCUCCUCCUCCUCCGUCACUCCAGCCAAGCCUAGUGCAUCCUUCGGAACAGGCCUUGUCUGCGCCUGGGGCUGGUAACCAGGUGUCUGUUGUGUUACAGCAGAUUACUGGACACACUCAGUAUGCUUUGGAAGCUGGAGCCCAGGUGCCUGUACUGCCUGUGCAGACUUCGAUAGUCAUGUCGCCACCUUUGCAGUUGCAGCCUGAACUAUUGCCUCCCCGCAUCGCACCAGAAAGUAUUUUGCAGGUUCACGGCAGCCUUGCUACAGCUAGUCCACCCGUGCCCAUAGAUCACUGUCUGCCUCCGCAGCCUUCUGGUCUUCUGCAGCUUCAGCCAGACCUGUCUCAGCCUCUGGGUCAGCAGCUCCCAGUGCCCUGCUCAGCAGCCCAGGCAAUUACAGAGUCAUCUCAAGAGGAGCAGGCAAUACAGGACAAACUUCAGACACUGUCACAGAGCUGUGAAAGCUACAUGAGUCCAGAUGUUGCUUCAGGUAAAGAAAUGAGUGACAGCUUUGAAGGAGUGAUAGGAAGCGGAAAACAAGAGGGAAAGCCUUCAAAGAAACAUAAGAAAUCUACCCGUGCUCGUUCACGACAGGAAAAGUCCAGCAGACCAAAACUGACCAUAUUAAAUGUCUGUAACACAGGGGAUAAGAUGGUGGAGUGUCAGCUUGAAACACACAAUCACAAAAUGGUGACUUUUAAGUUUGAUUUGGAUGGUGACGCACCGGAGGAAAUUGCUACUUACAUGGUAGAGAAUGAAUUCAUACUGCAGAGUGAAAAAGAGACAUUUAUUGAACAAAUGAAAGAUAUUAUUGAUAAAGCAGAAGAUAUGCUCAGUGAAGAUACAGAAGGAGAACGAAGUUCUGAUCAGGGGACAAGUCCCCAGCAAGAUGCUGACAGACAGGAAAUGAAUGAAGAGAAGCGGCAGCCUCAAGUGAAGACGCCCGUGUAUCAACAAAAUGUUUUGCAUACUGGAAAAAGGUGGUUUAUUAUAUGUCCUGUGGUGGAAAAUCCUACUCCUGAUGCAACAGAAUUUUCUCCACCGGUUCCUCAGAGUGCACAGCAGUCUGAAGGCCCAGACCUGGAACAGUUAGAUGAUCAGCUGGCAAACCCUGCAAUGACGGAUACGCCUGGUGUCUUACCUUGUCAGCAGCUUCCUCUUCAAGCGAGCGUGUGCGACAGCCCCGUUGGCGCUGCCCCGUCCCUGGCGCAGGUUCCUGCUGCAGCAUCCUCAGCCGCCUUACAGAGUCAGGCAGAUUUUCCGGUGCCGGCACCACCGGCGCCUGCUCCCAGCGUCCUAGAGCAGGUGGCUGCUUCCCGAGGUCAGCUGGAGUAUUCCCCGCUCAAGGCAGCGGUGCCUGCUCAGCCCGGUGCCUUGGCCCCCCGCGCGGCUCUGCUGGAGGAGGCUCCCGACGCCCAGCUCCCCCCGCAGCAUGCGCAGCCGCAGGCGGACGAGGGCCUCUGCGUGCCCGACGUGGAGAUAGCAUGCUGCAGCGUUGGGCCACCCAAACCCGCCCCGCCGGGCCCCACAAAGGGGGCAGACCUCUGCCCGCUCCCCGCGCUCCCGGAUAACGUCGUUCUGGAGCGGCAGCCUGCAGCACAAGUGCCCCACUUGCCCGAGGCCGGGCAGCCUGGGGCGAUGCAGCCCUCCUUCGUGAGCCACGUGUUCCCAACAGCUCUUGCAGCCGACUCUUUCAGCCUGGCAGGGUCUCAGCUGCAGAGUCCCACUCAGGCGUCAGUGGUGGCAUCCCAGCAGCACGUGCUGCUGUCUCAGAGCCAGCCGGUCACCUGCUCCGGCGUGGGCAUCGGCCUGCUGCCGCAGCAGCCGCCCUGCACUGCGGAGUCGGAUGGAGAAGGACCGCCCAGGGUAGACUUUGUUGACAACACGAUAAAAAGCCUCGAUGAGAAAUUGCGCAAUUUACUUUACCAGGAAUAUGUUCCAACUUCUUCUGCAUCAGCAGGGACUCCAGACAGUUUUGUCCCAGAACACGGGGACAGCGAAUUUAACUUACCACCUCUUACUGAAGAUCAAAUUCCCACGCUCGUGUUGGGUUUAAGAGAACCAGUCCAUAAAGCUGCAGAUACCUUCCAGGAAGUGAAAGCUGCUGAGAGUCAAUCUGCAUCACUCGUGCCAUCAGAGAUCUCGCCUUGCCCCGUCCUGUUCGAAAAGUCUGGGGACGCUGGCACCACUGCAGAUUCCUCAGAAGCAAGAGGUGGGUCAGCAAGCGGAAAAGAUUCAGCUGCAGGCAUCACUUCAGCACCUGCUGCUACAGCAAAAGGUCUCCUUCAGGUUGCAUCUACAUCAUCAAGCGUAGCUAAGCAGAUGGAAACUUCUAAAAGGAAUGAGAAGGCAAAGACUACAACUUCAUCUGCACACACAGACAAUUUAAGGCAGAUAUCUACAGCAGAUGGGAUGAUAAAUAACCUUCAAAGGGAUGACUCUCUAGACUCUGGUUCCUAUGGAAAACAGGCUGAAACUCACACUAGCAGUACACCAGCCAAAACUAUUGGCAGGUUUUCAGUAAUCAGCACACAAGAUGAAUUAACUUUAGCAUCACCACACUGCUUAAGGUUCUCUGCACCCCCAGACGUCUAUUUGGAUGAGCUGCCUUCCAGUCCUGACCUGAAGACAGCUGUCCGACGCGUGCAGACAGCCUCCUCUGUCGAUGUCCUCUGCGACCAGGCUUCAAGCGAUUCUGCUGAUGAGUCUUUCCGCAGGCAGCCUGUUGCUGCUCAGCCAUCCCCGCCAAGCGGUAGUGCGGCCACUGACUUAAUUAAAAAAGCAGCUGCUUUUCUGCAAAGAUCUGGAAAACCUAGUUCACAAGGCCUUGAUUCACCUAAUGGUCAGGGAACGAAAAUUCCUACCAUCAACAUAACAUCUUUCCACUCGCAGUCGUCGUACAUGAGCAGUGACAAUGAUUCAGAAUUUGAAGACGCAGAUAUGAGGAAAGAAUUGCAGAAUCUGAGAGAAAAGCAUAUGAAAGAAAUUGCUGAACUUCAGACUCAGCAUAAGAAUGAGAUAGAGGCGCUGUACCUUCGGUUAGGGAAGCCCCUUCCUCCCAACAUGGGCUUUCUGCACUCAGCCCCACCAAGUGGCCGUCGCCGAAGAACCAGCAAAAAUAAAUUGAAAGGUGGAAAAUUAUUAAACCCUCUGGUUCAGCAGCUCAGGAGUGGAGCACCAAGCACAAGUAAUCUGUCAGAUGCUAAAGACUCUCCCCACAGAGAAACAACUAAAACUCAAUCUGGAUCUCCUGAAACAGCAGCAGUAACUUCUGCAUCGGCCACGCUUGCAAAGUCGGUUCAGACACAGCAGCCAUGCUCUGUCAAAGCCUCUCUGUCUUCUGACAUCUGCUCCGGCUUAGGCCCCGAAGGAGGCGACAUGAAUACAAGCUCUGGCCAAGGCUGGACGGUUUUCCACCAAACGUCUGAGAGAGUGACCUAUAAAUCUAGUAGCAAACCUCGUACCAGAUUCCUCAGUGGACCUGUGUCUUUGUCCAUCUGGUCUACCUUGAAACGACUAUGUCUAGGCAAAGAUCACAGUAGUAGAUCCUCUACGAACAGUCUUGUACCGUGCCCGGAGCCCCCCCCGCAAUCCACUCUGCAUGUCCAGGCCAACAACAGUAACAACAAGAAAGGCACCUUCACCGAUGACCUUCACAAGCUGGUUGAUCAGUGGACGAGCAAAACUGUUGGAGCUGCACAGACAAAACCCUCUUUAAACCAACUGAAGCAGAACCAAAAAAGGCAAGACAUGGAGCCAAAGGCUAAUCCCAUGCAAACCCAGAAUGAGACAUGUGGAGUUAAUUCAGUAAGAACAGGACUGGGGAGUCAGUGCGUUGCUCCAGUGUCUUGUCCCGUGUCGGCUGCGUUAACCGCGGGAGUCUCGCCGCCCGUGCCCAUGCCAGAUGCUGAAACCGCGAACGCCGGCGACUGACCCGUGGCCACCGCAGCCGCCGCGCCGAGCGCCAGGUCCCGCCGCAGCCGGGGAGGAGGAGGAGUGAGACGGGAAAUGAUCUGUCGUGCGUGAGACACUCUGUGCCGGGCCGGGCUGCUCUACGCGGCUUUGUAACUUUCUAACCCCUUUUUUUUUUUUUUUUUUGUUUUUUAAUUUUAUUUAUAGUUGGAAAUACAGAAAUGUUAUGCAAAAAUAAAGGAAGAAUAUUUUGGGGGAGAAGGGGUUUUGUUGCGGCUCGUUCGCGCCCGCCGUGAGCCGGGUUCCCGCGCGCAGCCCUGGCGCCACGCGGUCGGUCCCGACUUCAGCGGCGCUCUCGGAGAUGAGCUCGGCACGCGCGUUCGGACUGCGGUGGAGACAAAUGCCCAUUCCAUUUAAAUUUCUCAGUCAGAACGGUUCUUUUGUAAAGAUAACACUCUGUUUUAAAUCUGGUUAAGUCAAGUCAAGCAACCCACAGAGACUUCGCUGCAGAGCAAGUUCGUUCUUGUCCCUUCCAUUUUUCCCCUCUUUUUUUCUUACAGACUGGACACGUUUUCUUGCCAGAGUUAAAUGCAGUUCUCAAGUCACUUCUAAUUUUAAAUGUAAGGCUAAAAUCCUUCUACAGGCAAGCCAGUAAUUGGAGCAAUUUUUAAAAGACUUUAAAGUGCCUUCAACAAGCUAAAAUUAUGUAGUGGGAGAUUUCUUUUUCUUGAUUCCCUGAAGAUAGGUUUCAGCUGUCUCUUGGGUUGAGGUGAUGUACAAAGUAGUUUGUAGCAAUAAUCUUAUGAGUAAUCAUUCAUUAUGAAGUUAUACUCAAAGUUCUUAAUUUCUUUUUUUUAAUUAUUAUUAUUAUUUUUAGAAAGGUGGGUUUCUUAGCACUUUUCCUGAGGACAAGGAAAGAGUGCUGGCCUUGCUGUUAUAUUUUGGCCCUAAACUCUUCCAGCCUUCUGCUGCUAUGCGCCCAAAGACUUCAUUUGCGCCCCCCUUAGGCAGUUUCAGACUAUGACGUUCUGACCUUUUCGCUCUCUGUUUUUGAUACCGGAGAAAUAUGAAUUUAUAUCUCCCCAUAAGCCUUUCAAUAUCAUUGUCUUUUUCCUUUCCCGCAUCCGGAGCCUGGCAUGUUGUUUCAUUGUUAUCUGCUAUGUCUGUCUCUUCUAAAUCUCAGCUCUAAAUAAUAAAUCUUAUUUUGGUGCCAUUGUUCAGUA